AUGGGGUUGAUGCGCAAGCUUACUUUGGGUGGCAUCGUUGCCGUAGCCUGUUGUCUCAUUUCGGGCACGGUCCGGGGAACCCCCGUCGAUCCGGACGAGCGUUACCAUUUGGUCGAGGCAGAGCCACGUGCGGCACUAGAGGACUAUCGGCUAAACGAGGACGUGUGGCCAUCGCACUACGAUGUGGAGAUUAAGCCGUACCUGGAGGCCGAAGCUGGCAAAGCCGCCUUCACGUUCGACGGCAAGACGACGAUAACGGUCUCCACCGCGCUGUCGGCUGUGACCGCGAUCAAGCUACACAUGGCGCGAUUGAACAUCGCCAGCUGGCGAGUGACCCGCAAGUCGGACAACUCGCUGGUCCAAACGGCGACCGAGAUGUACGAUGGCGAGACGGAGAUACUGACCCUUCCACUUCUAUCGCCGCUCCUGGUGAACGAGGACUAUCUGCUGUACUUCGAGUACACCGGCACGAUGGACGACGAUAUGCACGGGUUCUACCGCACUUACUAUCUGGUGAAUGGCAACCCCGUUUGGAUGGGCUCGACACAGUUCGAGCAAACGCAUGCCCGGCGCGCCUUCCCCUGCUUCGACGAGCCGCGGUACAAGGCCAAAUUUCAGCUAAAAAUUAGUCACAAAACACCGCAGUACAGUGUGUAUUCGAACACGCCCGUCGCAACCACCGUCGUAGAUGGCACCGAUCGAACACUCAGCACGUUUGCAGUUACGCCGCCGAUGUCCACCUAUCUGCUAGCGUUUAUGGUCGCACCGUACGAGGUGACUGAACGCGAAGAGAUGGGUAUCCUGGCGCGCCCGCAAGCCAGAGACCAAACAGCCUACAGCUUGGACGUCGGCUUGAAGCUGCUGCGAGCCCUUGGCUCGUGGAUCGACUACCCGUUCACCAGUGUGGCAGAAAUGACGCGCAUGUACAUGGCGGCCGUGCCAGACUUUUCCGCUGGUGCAAUGGAGAACUGGGGCCUCCUGACGUACCGGGAGACCAAUAUCCUGUACCGGGCGGAUGAUGCCACCAGCUUGCAGCAGCAGCGGAUCGCGGCCGUCAUUUCGCACGAGAUCGCCCACCAGUGGUUCGGGGAUCUGGUGACCUGCGAGUGGUGGGACGUUACCUGGCUGAAUGAAGGGUUCGCCCGGUAUUUCCAGUACUACGGCACGGAAACAGUGGAAACGACCUGGGAGCUGAGCCACCAGUUUGUCGUGGAACAGUUGCAGGGUGUGAUGCAGAUGGACAGCCUAACCAGCACGCACCCCAUGACGCACCCGGUGUACACGCCAGCCCAAGCCAGUGGCAUCUUCGACAACAUUUCGUACAACAAGGGAGCCGUCAUACUGCGGAUGAUGGAGCACUUCCUAACGCCCACCCGGUUCCAGACGGCACUGCGGCAGUACAUCAAGAAUCAAGCCUACAAGACGGCUCGUCCGGAGCAUCUCUUCGCCGUUCUGAACCAAUUCGAAGCGACCGCUGAGGAUCGCAUGAAACCGUGGACAGUGCAGAGUGGCUACCCAUUGCUGACGGUCACCAGUAGCGCCAACGGGUUCACCGUGACUCAGAAGCGGUUCCUGGUGAACGAACCCAGUCACACCGACGCAACGCUGUGGCCGGUGCCCAUCACUUACGCUACCAAGGAAAGUGACUUCUCGAACACGAUGCCAACGUUCUACGGUGCGGCCACGUUUAACCUGGCCGUGCCGGAUGCGGCCAAUGUUCCAUACCUUGUCCUAAACAACCAGCAAGUCGGGUACUAUCGCGUCAACUACGACGCUGCCCUUUGGGCGAAGAUUAGCAGCGCCCUGCAGAGCACCAAUUUCGGCGGAAUCCACGUGCUGAACCGGGCUCAAAUUGUCGACGAUCUGUUCAACUUGGCCCGCGGUGGAAUCGUUCCGUACGGAACGGCACUGGACAUUCUGGAGUAUCUGAAGCAUGAAACGGAGUACGCUCCGUGGUUGGCGGCCGUCAAUGGCCUCACCACUCUUGCCCGGCGCAUUCACGAGGAGGACGAACAGCUGUUUGCGAUCCACAUCUUGGAUAUUCUGGAAAAGGUGUACGACGUAGUCAAGUUCCAGUCACCAACCAGCAACGAGCGGCGUGUACUGACGUACCUGCGCCAGAAUGUCCUCCAGUGGGCCUGUAACUAUGGUCACGAGGCGUGCAGUGAGGCAGCGGUUACCGAGUUUAGGAGAUUCUUCGCCAAUCCACAAACAAAGGUACACCCCGACAUGCGCCAGGUCGUGUACUGCGAGGGUAUCCGCAAGGGAACGAAGGAACACUUCGAGUUCCUGUGGAACCAGUAUCUGACCACCAACGUGGCUACGGAGCAGAUCCUCGUUCUGCAAGGCUUAGGUUGUGCAUCGACGAGUGAGACGAUCAACAUACUCAUGGAUGCCAUUACAAGCGACCACGUCAGAAAGCAGGAUAAGAGCAACGCGUACACUUAUAUCAUUAACAACCCGUACACCUUGCCGCACGUUUCGGCGUACCUACGACAGAAUCACGCAAUUUGGGCCACAUCACACGGAGACUACAUGAACGUGGCCUCGGCUUUCAACAACCUUUUGGCCCGUUUAAAGAACGAUGCCGAGAAGCAAACGAUUAGCACGUUCAUCGAGGCGAAUAAGAACGUUCUGGGCACCGCAGCAUACGAUUCGAUAAAGGGUGGCCUUGACGACUACGAUAGUAACAAGCGAUUCACGGUGGACAAUCGGAAUGCCAUCAGGGACUUCCUGAAGAAAAAGGCCGACGGUGGCGCUGCCACCAUACUCACCAACGUUACCCUCAUGGUUGGGCUGCUCAUGCUGGUGCUGUUCCGUCUGUAAGCUACAAACUGACACGGAUACCGGCUAUUGAAGAAAUAAAAUUCACCACCCCAAAAGCA